GGUUUAACUAAACUAAUUCAUAACAGAGCAACUAGUUUACACUAAAGAAUGGGUAAACAUUUGAACAGGUUAGCGCUUAACUAAACUACAGUAUCGUGCAUCCAAGAAGAAAGCCCGUAUCUUGCCCCUCCGGUUGCCACCAACGGCAGAAUACACGUCGCAUAUAUUAUCCAAAUAAACGGGAGGCUGUUGUAAUCGGUUAGUAUCUUUCAGAUGCAAAUCACUCCACUUUAGAAUCACAGGCACAUUAUAUUGUUCGUGUUGCAAUUCCUAAUUCCCGAUUCUACCAGUCGACUCCGAACUGUGUGCGCUCGUUUCCUAGGAACUUUCCAAACAGAGGACGUGAGGGAGUGGGCAUUGUUUCCCGUGGUCGGAUAAAGAAAGGGGAAGAGCCCCGUUUGUUAACUCAGCUUUAAUUAAUUUUGUAGUUGUUCGGCAUAAAUAAUGUUUUUUUUGUUUUUGUGAACCAAUGCUAUUUUAGUGCAAUAUGAUGACAAGCCUUGCAGCAUCAACCAGAAUAUCGCGUAGCAGCGGCUCCAGAGGCCCCGAGAGACGAGUGGGGAAGAAGCCGGGUAAGACCGGUCCGAGUCCCCAGCAGUACAGCCUGUAUAUGAAAUUCGAGGACACGGGGGAGUCGUUUGAAAUCCCACGCUGUUGCGCACAGACGCCUAUAGGGGAGCUCAAAGACGCUCUGGAGAUGGUGGCCGGCAUCCCUUCCACUCUGCAAAGGCUUUCCUACCUGGAUGAAGGCGACCUGCCGAACAGCUCGACGGUGUGUUUCAAUGACAUCGUCCCAGGAGGGGUGAUUACGCUGCGGGUGUGGCAUUAUGACGGCUGGCUGAGGCUGGUGAAGGCGGCGGUGGAGGGAGAUGUUGAAAAGCUGAAGGCUCUGGGAGUGACAGCAGCGGACUCUUCAUUUUCCACUCCUAACUCCUCGCGAAUGAGCGCGGUGCAGAGAGCUGCGUGGGUCUCUCGGAGGGCGUCCUGCGCUCUGUACAUCAGCGCACACAGAGGACACCACAGAGCAGUGUGCUUCCUCCUGCAGCACGGUGCUGACGUGAGGUUCAAGACUCCUCUGGGCCUGACUGCCCUCCACGUUGCAGCAGCCUGGGGACACAGCCAGUGCGUCGACGAGCUGCUCAAGCACGGGGCCGAUAUCUUCAGUGAGGACCAGCAGGGGGCGACGGCGAUGGACUAUGCUGCCCGGCACGGCCAGAAGACCAGCGUACGCCAGCUGCACAUGUUCAAGUGGAAGCUGAGAUCGUGCGCAGGCAAAACCAAGAGCCUUCCAGACACUGAAGAGUGCUCCGAGAACCAGAAGAUCCUGUGCACCUUUCCAAAGAAGCACUUCGGCAAACCGAAAAGCAUCCCCGCUUGAAACACAAGUCAAUACAACUCACAAAUUACAGGCAAAUCAAUGCACGUGGCAGGGUCCUGCUACACACAACAGCACCUCUGCAGUGCCAGCUGUUGCAUGGCCAUUGUGGGCAGCUGUUGUGUUUUCAUUAGGCUGAAUUGAAAUACAAUGCUAACAAUUGGGGGGUAUUCAGAGCCACGUAUAUUAGGCAUGCUUGUCCUGCAAUUCCAGUCUGCAUAUUCGAUGCCAGGCCAGUCUGCGGUGAGCACAC